UUACAGCAUAUGAACACAUUAGACUGCCUUCUCUUCAACCGGGAAACUAUUAAGUCCGGACGCUACACACAUGGCUGGGCUGAGCGGGCUGCGGGUGGCGGUGGUGGGGGCUGGGGCUGCUGGGCUCUGUGCAGCGCGACACCUGCUGGCUCGGCAGGACAUCUUUGCCCCACCGGUGGUGUAUGAGCUCAGCAAGCAUGUGGGAGGCACCUGGGUCUACGAGGAGCGAGUCGGGACCUACGAAAAUGGGCUUCCAAUCCUUAGCAGCAUGUACCGCGACCUCAGAACAAAUAUCCCCAAGGAAGUGAUGUCAUUUCCCGACUUCCCCUUUGAGGAGCGACUUCCAUCCUUUGUUCAUCACACAGAAGUGCGGAAGUACCUGGAGCACUAUUGCGACCGAUUCCGCGUGAGAGACCACAUCAAGUUUGGCACCAUGGUGGAUUUGGUGAAGCCCGUUCAGGUGGAGAAUGGUUGGCACGGACUGGCCUGGGACAUCACUACCAGUGACGGCCUGGAUCCGGGCACGAGUGUCACUCAGCGCUUUGAUGCCGUCAUGGUAUGCAAUGGGCAUUUUUUCGAGCCCUAUAUCCCCGAGAUUCCGGGCUUGAGAAAGUUUCCAGGGAAACUGAUGCACAGCCAUGACUACCGCAGUGCCGAGCCCUUCUCUGGAAAGUCUGUGGUGGUGCUGGGAGCUGGGCUUUCUGGACUUGAUCUUGCCAUGGAGCUGUCCAGCGUGGGCACACAGGUAAUCCUCAGCCACGCCAAGCAUCCCCUGUUGAGCCCCAUGCCCCCGGGGGUGCAGCAGGCUCCACCUGUGACACGUGUCCUAGAGGAUGGGGCACUGGAGUUCGAGGACGGCCGGGUGACCCGGCCUGAGGUCUUUCUGCUCUGCACUGGCUACAAUUUCACCUUCCCAUUCCUGCACAAGCAGCUGGGCUUGCAUGUCCAAGACCACUUUGUUUCGCCCCUCUACAAGUUCCUGAUCCCCCCUGCCUUCCCCUCACUCUUCAUCAUGGGCAUCUGUAGAGCUAUCUGCCCUUUUCCCCACUUCCACUGCCAGACCCAGUUUGCGCUCUCUGUACUGGAUGGGACAUUCGUCCUGCCCUCGCGGGUGGAGAUGGAGCGGGAAAUGGAGGCGGAUGUCGCGGCCCGGCGGAAACGCAGCAUCGCCACACGACACAUCCUUAAGCUGGACUCGGAGCAGUGGGCGUACAACGACGAACUGGCCCGGCUUGGAGGCUUUAAGCCAUUGCCUCCAUACUGGAGCGACCUAUAUGAGGCCAACAAAGUGUACCGUGCUCAGGACAUGCUCAGUUACAAGACGUACCGUUACAGUGUACUGAAUGACAGGGAGUGGGUAGUAUACACACAGGAGGGCCAGCCAAUCAGAAAGCCCCUACCAGCCCACAAGGCUGAAGUUUAGAAGUAGCCAAUCCUGUAACCUCUGUCAUAGGAUUUCCCAACCUGCACAUUUCCAUCGUAAAAUAACUUAAUCCUCAAACCAAUUUUCAGCCUUGGCCGAACCAGACCAUAGAACCUUAUAAUUGUUCCGAUAACUGUUUUGACCACCCUGACCCUGCCGUUUUCCACAGAUAAACUCACUUCUGCAGAAGGAAGCUUUAACACAAAAACACAGAACAGCACUUUGGUAGAAACUAUAUGUAAUGAAACCAUUUUCCCUUGUGACUAUAUGGACCUUUUGACUGUGAAAUAAUAAGAGUUUUUAAAAUACAUCUUAUGUUGCAUUCAGUAUUAAAAAGCUACAAUAAAAUAUGUAUAAUCAUGAAAUGUAAAAUGUUAAAUAUACUUAUUGAUUGAAUAAGCUAAUGGAAGGAAGAGACAAAUAUUGCACUACUGACUCUACACAUUAAUAAAAAAAGCACAGAGCUAGACAGCAUUUUUAUCACUACAUAUCUGAGACUUUUAAUACUUUCAUAAUGUUUUGUGACUUUCUUGGAAGUGGCUGUCUGACUGGUCAGUAGUGUUUCCUGAUUGAUGACCAUUAUGAGUUCCGGUGCUUUCAUGUUUGCCCUGUGGUUUACAGAAUCGCUGCUCUUUGUAUGAAUGCGGCUUGUUUUAAGGUCUUGGCGGAGUGUAAGACUCCUAAACACCUCUUCAUUCUGAUCAGUUUCUUCAUAUUCUCUGCUGUUGUGUGGUUACCUCAAUGUGCUGUAUAGCAAUGUAACACAGAACCCUUUUAAACAUCUAGUUUAAUGUAGUGGAUUUUAAAAGUUGUUUUUAAAUUCCAAUAAUCCCCUUUAGUCGUAGUUUCUCCUUUUAGCUUUUGAAAAUUGAUGGGCAAAGUAAAAGAGGUUUAGAAUAUUGUUAACUUUCAUGUUAAGUAUGUAAUCAUGAAGUGAAAGAAAUAAAUAUUUUACCAGUGUCAGAUGUUGCAAAAUUAUUAACUUUUUUUUAAGUAAUAAAGUAUAUCAGUUGUCAAAGAUCA